GUCGCCUUUCAGUCGGAGGUUACUGUUUGUUUUUGUUUGACGAUAUUUUAAGUCUAGUAACAUUGGGCUAAUUUUUUUUUUAACCAAAAGAAAUAAACAAACCUGCCCCGGAAGUUGUUCGUGCACGUGCCACGUCAGAGCUACAGGAGUGUUUCCAUCAGUGGUUCAGUCUGUGAGCAGCUUCUAGCAGUUUGUUCUUGCUGUCAACAUGCUGUUUCUGGGACUGAGCUGUUUGCUGCUGCAUGUGUGCGUGGUGUUUGGGACUGAGCUCACAUUUGAGCUGCCUGACAACGAUAAACAAUGUUUCUACGAGGAGCUAGAACAAGACGUAAAGUUUGAAAUAGACUUUCAGGUCAUUGCUGGAGGCAACUAUGAUGUGGACUGCUUCGUCACUGAUCCUUUCGACAAUGUCCUAUAUAAUGAGAAGAAGAAGCAGUAUGACAGCUUCUCUCACACCACAGCCAUGAAGGGAGUCUACAAGGUCUGCUUCAGCAAUGAGUUCUCCACUUUCACACAUAAGACAGUGUACCUGGAGUUCCGCCAUGGAGAUGAGGAGCCUCUCAUGCAGAACAUGAAUGGACCUACAGCACUGACUCAGUUGGAGUCGUCAUGUGUCUCCAUUCACGAGAUCCUGAAAGUGGUGGCUGACUCGCAGACAUGGUACAGACUGAGAGAGGCACACGACCGCACAAAAGCCGAGCAUCUCCUCGAGCGGGUGACCUACUGGUCCAUUGGAGAAACCGUCCUGCUGUUCGUCAUCGGCAUCGGUCAAGUCAUGUUGCUCAAGAGCUUCUUCACUGACAAGAAAGGCUCUGUGGCAGCCUCCACUCGUGGUGGUGUUUCUACGUCAGUCGUCACCAGUUUACCGGGCUUUACCUGCGUGUUGUCCAUUCAUAACGACAGAAGGUCCAGUGGUCGUGGUCGUAACUGUUAUCACUUCCUCCUGAACAUGGCGGGUUACCUGAAAGCUCUGACGACCGUGACAAGAAGUGCAGCCGCUGCGCUGUCGCACAACCCCGCAGUGCUCUCACCGGCCGCCGUCUGCCAUCAGAAGUCUCAACAGAGGAACUAUGCCACAAGGCGCAUCAAGGUGGACCAGCCGGUGGUGGAGAUGGAUGGAGAUGAGAUGACUCGCAUCAUAUGGGAGUUCAUCAAAGACAAGCUCAUCCUGUCCAAUGUUGAUGUUGAGCUGAAGUACUAUGACCUGGGUCUGCCCUACCGUGACCAGACAGAUGACCAGGUCACCGUCGACUCUGCUCUGGCAACCAAGAAGUACAACGUGGCUGUCAAGUGUGCCACCAUCACCCCAGAUGAGGAACGAGUUGAAGAGUUUAAGCUCAAGAAGAUGUGGAAGAGCCCUAAUGGCACCAUCAGGAACAUCUUGGGUGGCACUGUUUUCCGUGAGCCAAUCCUCUGUAAAAACAUCCCUCGCCUUGUUCCCGGUUGGACGCAACCCAUAACAAUUGGCAGACACGCUUUUGGCGAUCAGUACAGGGCCACAGACUUUGUUAUUGACCAGCCUGGCAAGUUCAAAAUUGUGUUUGCCCCAGCUGAUGGAAGCAAGCAGAGGCAGUGGGAGGUGUAUGACUUUCCCUCAGGGGGCUGCGGGAUGGGAAUGUACAACACUGAUGAGUCCAUCAGUGGAUUUGCUCACAGCUGCUUCCAGUAUGCCAUCCAGAAGAGGUGGCCUCUGUACAUGAGCACCAAGAACACCAUCCUCAAGGCCUACGACGGGCGCUUCAAGGAUAUUUUUGAGGAAAUCUUUGAGGCGCAGUACAAGCCAGAGUUUGACAAGCUGAAUAUCUGGUAUGAACACCGUCUCAUUGACGACAUGGUGGCUCAGGUCCUGAAGUCUUCUGGAGGGUUUGUUUGGGCCUGCAAGAAUUACGAUGGAGACGUCCAGUCAGAUAUUCUGGCUCAGGGUUUUGGUUCUCUAGGCCUCAUGACGUCUGUGCUAGUGUGCCCUGACGGAAAGACUAUCGAGGCCGAGGCUGCCCACGGCACCGUCACCAGGCACUUUCGUGAACACCAGAGGGGAAACCCAACCAGUACCAACCCCAUUGCGAGCAUCUUUGCUUGGACCAGAGGACUGGAGCACAGAGGCAAACUGGACGGAAAUCCUGAUCUGAUAAGGUUUUCCCAGACGUUAGAACAAGUCUGUGUGUCGACUGUGGAAAACGGUGUGAUGACCAAGGACCUCGCUGGCUGCAUCCAUGGCUUGGCCAACUGCAAGCUCAACGAACAUUAUGUCAACACGUCGGACUUCCUGGAUGCAAUCAAGACCAACUUGGACAAAGCUCUGAACAAAUGAAGCACUAUCAGAAGACACACUUGCCAACACAGAGAGACCAAACCUGUUUUUAGCUCAUUUUUACCCUCGUGUGUAUAAAUCUUUGUAUCCAAUUUUGAAGGAACCAAGUUUGCUAUUGUCAGUGCCAUUUUUGUAUUUGUAUAGCUCACUGAUACACAACUGUGCUCGUGUUCCUGUGCCUUUACCUGCUGCAAGCGGUCCAGUUUUGUAUUGCACAAUUAAGUGAUUGUAUUUUAUUAAUUAACGUUAAUGCUAAUGUUAA